GCUUCAUUAAAACGGAGAUAUAAUCGACCAAACACAAAUUUCUGCCAAGUUUAAAUGGUCAAGUUCUAUUAGCUAUAAUUUAUUGCAUCCAAAAACUGUAAAUGUGGUUUGGACAGCUUAAAAUUACACGUAAAGAAGGCACACUAACUAAUAAACAUUAAUGCAGCUACAAGUCUCAGACAACUGAACAACAUGGAUGUGCAUGGGCAGCAAUAUAAUGCAGUUUUGAGCAAUGUGAGCUUCAGCCAUACUGCUGAUGGUUUUAUUAACUUAAUAUUAGGUGAAUUCACCUUUUAAGAUGUAAAAUCAAGGCAAAAACAUUUUUAAAAUGCUUCAAUUUCCUCUGUUGGCUACUCUCAGAAUAAUUUAUCACCACCCACAUAGCAAUGGGGGAAAACAGAAACAUUUCAGAAAAAUUCUCAUCAAUCACAGUGGUUUAUUGUCCUCUAUAUAGUAUAAAGUAUGCAACUUGUUUGGGGGUCUUUGAGAUGGUAAAGCUAUGGGAAUCCCCCAAAGCUUCUGCAUAAAAAAAAAUGUUGGAGGCGCAUAGGGUUAAUUUUCAGUCCCCCCUCCUACCACCACCACUACCACCUACAUCUUCAAUUUGAAAACCGCCUCUCUACCGGGAGAGGAAGGCUCUUUUUCGGUCAGAUGGCGUGCUGCUGUCCGCCCCCGUCAUUCUCCAGCCCACACAGACAGCAAAAAGGCAGCCAGCAACCAAUACGCUGCGCCGGAGGAGGACUUCUGCCAAUGAUUUCAGACGAGAAGCGAUACGCAAAAGGGGAUUUACUACGGCAGACCGCGCCGUGAAAGCCGUCGGCGAGAGUCUUACUCCGUGAGAACCGACCCGUGAAAUAACUGAGACUCGUUUGCCUAAUUACCGGUUUCUUCUCUUCACAUCUGUUUAACUGACCUCGACAAGGUUCAUGUGUUUCCUUUCUCCUGCCUAAACUUUCCACUGCUGUGUGCCAUGUCCCUGCCACGCACACUUGGUGAAUUGCAACUCUAUCGGGUGCUGCAGAGGGCCAACCUGCUGGCCUAUUAUGAAACCUUUAUCCAGCAGGGUGGUGACGAUGUGCAGCAGCUCUGUGAGGCUGCAGAGGAGGAGUUUCUUGAAAUUAUGGCACUAGUUGGCAUGGCCACCAAGCCACUGCAUGUGCGUAGGCUGCAAAAGGCUCUCCGAGACUGGGCGGCGAACCCUGCCCUUUUCAGCCAGCCUGUCGCUAAUGUUCCUCUCGGAGGUAUCCCCUUAUUCAAAGUUGAUGGGACUGGGACAAGUGGAUCAGCUGGUGGGCCCAGGAAAUCCGUGAGUAAUGGUCAGCCAGGUUCCCCCUGUGAAAGAGACGAUCGGAUGUGUCUUACUCCAAUGCACAGUGGGAGUCCGAGAAGUCCCUGCUCCCAGGCCUCUCCACAGCCACCAGAUACACACUGCAGGGAAAAACUUUCACCCAUGGACCCUCACUGGCUCAGCCCAGAGCCUGAUGGGAAUGGUGCUUUGGUUUCUGCAUCUGGAGUAGAAGAAGAGCCACCCAGCCCACCUCUCUCAUCAGCAUGUCCUCCUGGUCCAUCCUCAUCACCAAUCCCCUCUGUUUCCUUUGCCCCAGCUGCUCUGUCAGCCUGGCCUGGAGGACAAUUGGACAGGGAGACGGCAAGGGCAGUAGUUGAGAGUGUGGAAAGGCUCUUCAGAACCCUUCCCAGAUCAGAUCCUGCGGAGAUAAAGACUCUGCUGAGGAUGAACAAGAAGAUGGCAAAGACUGUGGGGCACAUCUUCCGGAUGGAGUCUCAGGAUGCAAACAAGGAAGAAGAGAUCCGGAAAUACAGCCUCAUUUAUGGACGCUUUGACUCGAAGAGGAGAGAAGGCAAGCAGCUAACACAUCAUGAGUUGAUCAUCAAUGAAGCUGCUGCACAGUUCUGCAUGCGGGACAAUGCUCUUUUGCUGCGACGGGUGGAGCUCUUCUCUCUGGCUCGACAGGUGGCCAGAAAAUGUGCCUACACCUCCACACUUAAGCAUGCAAGGACAAAUGCAGAUGACAGCAGUUUGUCUCAGAAGAGAGCAAGACAUGAGGUGAUUGUGCCUGAGAGUGUGUCAUCACUCCUCGGAGCGGAAGGAUCCGAGAGCUCAACGCAGAGAGCAGAUGAUGACAGCUUGUCUGCAGAAAGCUUUGACAGUGUGUCACAUGACACCGGCUCACAGUGCAACCAGUCUCUGUCCCCUCGUCCUCACACCGACACCUCCAACCCUGCCAGCUGGAGUCGCCAUCUCAUACAGCAAGCUCUAAUGGACGAAGGGUUGCGACUGGCUCGGAUGGUGUCACAUGAUCGAGCUGGAAAGUUCAGCCUAAGCUCAGAAGGAACUCACUCUACAGAGCAUGACAGUAAAAUGGAGCAACAGAGCUCAACAACAGCGUGCAGGAGCAGUAGCCCUUGUGUCACCAAAGAUCCAACCACCAUCUCCAACCACAGAGGGAAAUGAAACCCUCUGCGGUUAUCAGGGAAUUUGUGUCCAGGCCGAGAGUGAACUGCCAUUUUUAUAUACAGGUUACGUGUAAAUCAAGUAAAUGUGAGAAUUUACCAGCAGCUGAUAUCAUAAACCUGCCAUGACUUAUUAACCCCUCAGUUGUGAGCGAGGAUCCAAAUAUUUGGUUUUUAUAUUUAGUAGAGAGGAAAUAGAAAGUGACUGAUACAAUCAGGAAAAAGACGAGUUAUGUUCCUGUGAGCGUUGCGGUGUGUUGGAGGUUUCACCUGCUUCAGAUGAAGCCGGCUCAACACAGCAGGGGGCACUGCAACUUUGGAAACCGACUCGCUGAAGUUCCUCCACUCUGUGCAAUAUGCUGCACUUGAGUAGAGGAAAAACGUUUUAUUACUUCUUUCAGCAAGUUACAACAUCAUUCUCUGAAGCUUCUUAUCCUCAGGAAAUAAAAUGGAUGUUCUGUUUUCAGUGUGGUACAGAAUAAUUCUGACAUGAUUUAUGUUUAUGUAGUCCGAAAAAAAAAUUUUUUUUAGCAUGUGUUGAUCUAGAUGUCUGAGCGCAUGUGUAUAAACACCACCAUCAGGUCAGAUAUACUUUGCUGCAUCACAAACAGAUGUGAGCAGGCUGAGGUGUUGGAGAUAUGAAAAUAAUGAUGUUCAUCAUCCACCUUCUCCAGUCUUUCUGCUGCACAAAUAACUCGUGAAAUGUUAUUUAUAGAUGUUUUAGGCUUCUAAUUAGAGGCUUGUCACUAUCCUUAAUUUUGUGAAAAUGUACUAAUUUUUAAAGCUGAGUUGCUCAAAGUAAGAACACUUAAGGGUCGAACAUGGACAGUGUUGGAGGGUCCUACGGUAGACGGAUGCUGACUGACUUAGGCUUUCCUUCCAUCUAGAUUUUAAUGUGUGCUAAAGGCACUAUAGUAGCUACAGUAGAGUCUUUUAAAAAGAUGCAUAUAAAACUGCAUGGGAAGAUUCUAAAUUUUAAGAGGUGUUUAAAAAUUUAGCCUUGUCAUUUUCAGACAUGUGUUAAUUGCUGCAGAUUUUUGUCCGGACUUUCUCUGGUGUUCUGGGAACUUACAGUAUGAUGGUGUAAUGUUUCUGUAGUCUUAGAUUAUUAAGGUGACUUUUAUGUAAAUUUUAAAACAGUUGAGAUGUAAGCUGUAGUAGAGUGGCUCAUUUUCUUUAUAGGCUUUAGAAAAGCUUCUGCAGAAGUUUAAAGAAAGAAACCUGGUGCUUUACUUUUAAUAUAUCAGUUCCUUAAGGUUUUAUCAACCUAUUUGGCCCCAAAAUGAAGUCUGAAAAUGUAAUCAGUCAGUUCAUGUCGAUAGAAAUGUUACAGUUUUUGUAUACUAAUCACAAAGUAUGUCAGUGAGGUAGCUUGUUGUGCAUCAGUUACACUUGCCUGUUUCUUGAGCAUUACUAACCUCCUCAGUUUAUUAUGUUGCAAAUCAGAUUAUUUAUUUUGUUACAUCUUAAUAAAUGUUAUUUUACUGA